GAUUGUUGACUUGAAAUUUAUGUCACUGUGGCUGCAAAAAAACGCAUUACUACUGAAAGAAACAUAUGCCAUUAUCAAAUUGAUGUAGAUUUACCGGAGGAGGAUUUUGAAAGUGAUGUGUCAACGCCGCUUUUGCCUGAUCGUCGCAAACGUUGUUUGAAGAAAAGAAGUACACAAGAAAUAAUGGCCGACAAAAUUACCGAAUUUGGCUAUAACAUUGCCCGUAAAUAUCGCAAGUUCCAGCGCGAGUACAAACUGCUAGAUGCCUCUUACGACAUUGAACUUGGUCCAGUUCGAAAAAGGCGCGGCUCUUCAGCAGACGAAGAAAUGGGUCAAUCGGGCUCCAAAUCUGGCGUUCGGAACAAUCGAGAGUUCUACAUAGGCGAAGAAAACAACCCACGAGUUCAAGAACAGUCUACAAAUUUCUGCACAAAUCGAAUUCGAACUACAAAAUACACUUUCUAUUCAUUUAUUCCAAAAUAUUUCCUAGAGCAGUUUAGAAAAGCAGCCAAUUGUUUUUUCCUCCUGGUGUCUCUGUUACAAAUCAUUCCAGGAGUUUCGCCCACUGGUCAGUUCACAACACUAGCGCCUCUGUCUAUCAUUUUGUUUCUGACUGCUCUGAAGGAGAUCUUUGAGGAUCUGAGUCGUAUGAAGCAAGACCGAGAUGUGAAUGACCGAAAAGUGCAAGUUCUGACCAAAGAAGAUAAAGGUGGAGAAGUGUACAAGUAUGGGUGGAAAGUGACCAAUUGGGACAAGUUGAAAGUAGGAGACAUAGUUCAGAUCAGGACUGAGAACAAAGCAGAGGCCAAUCUGUCUGGCUCCAAACUCACCCCUGAUAUACCGGCCGAUCUGCUCAUUCUUGCCACAAGUGAACUGGAAACAGGAACAUGUACAAUUACGACUAAAAAUCUAGACGGAGAGACGAAUCUAAAAAGCAAGAGUUCAGUCUCUUAUACGCACAAUCUGCUAAUUGAACAGCUGCCUCACUCUGCAAUCAAAAGUGGCUCCGACCCAGAAGACGAAGAGGGUAUAUCCUCUAUGGUCAGUGGGGGAGUCUCAACAGUGGACUCUGAACUAGAGGUGCUUGGCGAUGCCCGCUUUGUGAUCAUGUGUGAGUGUCCGAAUAAGAACAUGGCGGUGUUCAAGGGACAGCUGCAGGAUCUAACCAACUCAGCCGUGGCAGCUGGGAAGGAUGAGGAACAUGCAUUGGCUACAUCAUCACUAAUGGGAGCAGAUGCGACGGGCUCAUCUAAAGCCACUGGUAUAGACACAGAUGCAGGACCUGGCGCCGCCUCUACUUCGACAGGGGAGGCAAUCUCGCUUAGCAUAGACAAUCUACUGUUGAGAGAGUGUAGACUGGAGAAUACUGAGUGGGUGGUAGCAUGUGUCAUCUACACUGGACCAGAAGCUAAAAUAUCACUGAACAACAAACCUCCUCCUCUAAAACAGUCUUCUCUGGAGAAAAUCACAAAUGUCCAGAUCUACUUCAUCUUCGCCAUGAUGUUGACAAUCGCCCUAGUGUGUUUCACUGGAUACCUGGUGUGGGAACGCAUGAAGGAGUCAGAUAUCUCGCCUUACAUCCCAGACAAGUCAUACACUGCGGUAUUUGACAGUGAAGUGGCCACUGUGUUGCUAGUCUAUGCCACUUUCUUCAUCCUAUUCAACAAUCUAGUCCCCAUAUCUCUUAUGUUCACGGUUGAGAUGGUGAAGAUUGUGCAGGCAUACUUCAUCAACUCAGAUCCUCUGAUGGUGUUUAACCUGAUCAAAGCGAGGGCGAGGACAUCCAAUCUGAAUGAUGAGUUGGGCAGGAUCAAACACGUGUUCAGUGACAAGACAGGUACUCUCACCCAGAACAAGAUGCAGUUCAAAAAGUGUUAUGUCGCAGAGACACCCUACGACACAGACACAGAUCUGAACAAGAAGUUCGCACUUGAGCAUUUCAACGUGUACCCUUCUGGAGGUCUGCAUGAGUUCCUUGUAAUGAUGGCCAGCUGCAACAGUGUCACGCCAAACGACAAAGCGAACCAAGGCUUCAUCUCCAGUUCCCCAGACGAGCACGCAUUAGUGCUAGGAGCAAAAUCCCUAGGUUACACUCUGAAAUCGCGAGGAAAGAACGGAUCAACUGUAGAAUUACCGGACGGAUCUCAAACUAAACUAAAGGAGUUACACGUUGUGCCUUUUGACAGCAACAGAAAACGGAUGUCACUUAUAUUCAAAAAUGUAUCAGAUUCCGCAGGAAGUGGAGAGUAUAAGAUAUUCACAAAAGGAGCCGAUAUGACAAUGUUGGAUAAACUAACGUCGAAAUCCUUGAAGAGUUACAAUAGUAAGAGCUUGCAGCAGGUUAAUGAGUAUUCAAAGCAGGGGUUGAGAGUGUUGCUCUUUGCAAGUAGGACUCUGACAUCGGAUGAAGUUAUUAAUCUGGACACUAUUCUGGGAAAGUUAUCAGAUCCGAAGACCACGCAAGAGGAGAAGUUCAUUUUGGACCGUGACUAUGAGGACGUGGUCAAACAACUGGAGUCCCAACUGGAUCUGGUGGGUGUGUCUGCUGUGGAGGAUAAACUACAGGAUGGAGUGCCAGAGUGUAUUGCCGCAUUGAGAGCAGCCGACAUCAAUGUAUGGAUGCUCACUGGUGAUAAGCUGGAAACUGCAUUCGAAAUAGCCUACUCGUGCCAUCUAUUCUCAAGUGAUUCUAACAGUUUCACAUCUCACAAACUGGAGGCAAAGCCAGGAGACACAAAAGAUGAUAUACUUCAUGAGAUAAGUAGAAUAUCCAGUGAAAUACACUCCAAGCACACUUCGGCACAACAGGAGCAUGGACUCAUUUUCGAAGGGUCCAUUUUGAAGACCUUGGAGUUCUCACCUAAGAAUGUGGAAAUCAGCCAAGCGCUGUACAACUUCACUUGCAACUUCAAAUCAGUGGCCGCCUGCAGACUGGAGCCCCUGCAGAAGGCUGAGUUGGUGGAGAUGACUCAGACUCUGGCCAAGGGAGAGAUCACUCUGGCUAUUGGGGACGGGGCCAGGCGAAGAGGGUCUGCAAGCAGUUUUGGCCAGUGACUACUCCAUAGCCCAAUUCUGUUUCCUCAGUCGCCUCCUCUUCAUCCAUGGGGCUUUCUCAUACCAGAGAGUGUCCAAGACCAUCCUCUACUCAUUUUACAAAAACAUCACCCUCUACUUCAUCAAUUUCUGGUACCAGUUCACCUGUGGCUUCACUGGCCAGUCCGUGUUUGACAAAGUGACUCUGUCUCUGUACAACAUAUUGUUCACCUCCCUGCCUCUGAUGAGUCUGGGACUGCUGGACAGACCAGUGACAGAGGAGCAGAUGAUGAAAAAUGUAUUCCUCUACAGGACUUCCCAGUACUCGCUCAAGUUCAACGCUAAGGUGUUCUGGAUGUGGGCUCUCAAUGCACUUGCGCACUCUCUUUUCAUAUUUCUCAUCUGUUUGGCAGCCACGGGAGGUGACACAGUACUCCAAGAUGCCCACGCAACAGGCAUUCUCUCAUUCGGAGAAGUGAUCUACACAGCUGUGAUACUAGUAGUAACAUGCAAACUAGUCCUGGUGACCAACACCUUCUUCGCCCUCACAAUAGCCCUGGUAGUCCUCUUUGGAAUAGUGGCCUGGACUGGCUGGUUCGUGUUUUCCAGUUACCUCAUGGCGUCCAGUCUGCAAGCCACCUACGGCUUCUUCCAAAUGCUGGUGCCCUCUGCAUAUUUCUGGAUGACAGUCAUUUUAGCCACUGUAGUUGCCUUGUACAGAGAUAUUGCCUACAAAUGCCUUAAAAUCCACUUCUAUCCCUCUCUCGAAGACUGUGUCAGAAGGGGCAUAUCUCCCAGGAACUGCAAACGGUUUGGGAAAAAUGAACCUCCUCUGAAGUUCUCAUCCAUAGACGACAAUAACCAACAACAGUCUGACAAGUUUGAAAAAACCCCUAACACUACAUCAACAAACUCGCAGUGCAGGCGGCGCAGAUUGGGUAGCAUCGAACGGGGGGAUGCAACGUCCCCCUACCCCGCCACAAGAGGAGCAAAGGAGGGGGAUCAACUAGGCCAUGGUGGCUUGAUGCCAAGUCGCAGCAACAGUUUCAUAAGCAAUAGUUGCACUAGCUCGACGUCAGCUCUUAUGAAUUCUGGACCCUGAUGUGGAAAUGGCAUUCACCAAGAGAUUCCACUCUCCUAGCAACCGUCAGCUUCCCCCAUUGCCAAGGCGACCGAUGCCCCCGAACCCAAUUUGAAAAAAAAAGCUACACAGCAUAACGCAGAUAAUUAUUUCACCCGAAUCAUCUCCCAGACGGGACUCUGCUUAUUUGCCUCAUUAGCCGGUUUAAAUUAGAUCAAUUAUUUAUUUUCAGCUUGCUUAGUGUUGAAUUUAUUUCAUUUUCUCAAUCUCAGACUCUAUUCUAAAUAGUACUCGACUUACUUACAUAUCUCUGAUUGCUAACUGUACGAAAUAAUGAGAUUAUUGUUUGAAACAUAGUUAAUUUAUUUGAACCACAGAAUUCAAUUGCAAAAUGUUUUGCUUUG